CAGGCGAAUGAUCAUGCGCAAAAGUGCCUAUUGCGGACUCGCAGGAAACGCAUCUGAGCCUCUAUAAUCAUAAUACACCGUUUGGCCGCACAUAGUGUACCUGGAAACUGAUAACAUUACACGAUAUCCAACAAAAGCAAAUAUCUGACGAAUACACAAGUUGACACAUAUUUUACACGGACCACUCCAUGAAUGCGUAAUUUCGGUUGGGUCAUGGGUCGCUGAGAUUUCCAAGCAGAGACAGGGAGAAGGAGAGAGAGAAAGAGUGAGACUACAAACAAUCCUGAGUGAGGAUCUUGGUGUUUCGCUGCUGCGCAGUGCAACACGCAGCAUUGAUCCGCCUGAGCCAAUGUUGUGGAUGCACGCACUGACAUCGAAGGAUCGCUACUCUGAAAUCCGAUGAAGGAGAGUAGUCUGCCUGUGGCCCUUCAUCGGCAUCCCCUGGCCACCAGGCUUGCAAUAAACAUUCCGCGGCUGCCUUUGACACCAAAGAAUCAUCAUUCCAUUUUUUACCGACGCUAUCGUCAUUGACCAGGGGACGACCAGGGACAAGCCACUACGCAUUCCGUUUUUUUGAUGCCCGCUUGUGGGCUACCUGCAACUGUCAUCUUCUAUUUUCGCUGUCAGCAGCCUCUCAUCCUCCAUCUGUUUUGACCACCACUUUCGCGUACCGAGACUCAAGAAUGCACCUCCAUGCAGUGUUGCUGUCAGUGGUCCUUUUUGGAAACUUAAUGCUGCAAUAUGCCUCGGCUCAAAACGCCGGCUUCGUCAAGUCGCCCAUGUCGGAGACCAAGUUGACGGGCGACACGUUCGAGCUGUACUGCGACGUGGUGGGCAACCCCACGCCGGAGAUCCAGUGGUGGUACUCAGAGGUGAACCGUGCCGACUCCUUCAAGCAGCUGUGGGACGGCGCCCGCAAGCGCCGCGUGUCCAUCAACACGGCGUACGGCACCAACGGCGUGAGCGUGCUGGGCAUCACACAGCUCAAGAUUGAGGACUCAGGCACCUACGAGUGCCGCGCCAGCAACGACCCCAAGCGCAACGAGUUCCGGCAGAACCCAGCCAUGACCUGGAUCCGGGCCCAGGCCACCAUCACAGUACUGCAGAAGCCAAGGAUACACUCUUCGGAGCAGGUGAUCCUCCCCACCCCUCCGGAGACCCACCACGGGAUGCCUCCCCCGCCCCUGCCGCCCGUCAUCCUGCAGUGCAACCUCACCACCUCCCACAGCACCCACCGCUCCAGCUUCUGGAUGAAGAACGGCGAGGAGAUCGACAACACCCGCAGGGAGUCCACAAUCACAGAGCACAAAUUGAAAAAGCCGAGGGCGGAGGAUGCUGGCGAGUACAUGUGUGUGUACACCUUUGACAUGGCCCCCAACGCAAACGCCACCAUCGAUGUCAAAGCCGCCCCCCUGAUCGUGGGCCACAAGCGCAGUGAGAACAAGAACGAGGGUGAGAACGCCAUGCUGUACUGCAAGUCCGUGGGCUACCCUUACCCAGUCUGGGUCUGGAGGAAAAAGGUUGCCGAGACUUGGGUGGACAUUGACAACUCAACGGGCCGUUUCUUCAUCACGUCCCGGGACAGCUACUCGGAGCUGAACGUUAUCAACCUGGACAUCACCACGGACCCGGGGCUGUACGUGUGCAACGCCACUAACACCAUCGGCCACAAGAGCUCCUCGUCCAUACUGCGGGUGCGCAGCCACCUGGCGCCCCUCUGGCCCUUCCUGGGCGUGCUCGCCGAGAUCCUCAUCCUUGUGGUCAUCAUCGUGGUCUAUGAGAAACGCAAGAAGCCGGACGAGAUCCAAGACGACGAUGAACCAGCUGGGCCAAUGAAAAAUUCCACAAACAACCACAAAGACAAGAAAGUGCGACAAAGGAACACCAACUGAGCUGAGGAACCGAGACAAAGAUGACUGCCUGCAUCUAGUGACUGUGUGGGUCCUAGCGGUUUUUACACGAAGCACAUCUUCUCAUUCGGGGAAAACAAACCAACAGCAAUGACAACAGCACAUCAACAACAGCACAUCUACGACAACAACAACAAAAGCAUCAACAACAGAAAAUUAAGAUGAAAAGAGACAAGCGCAAAAUACUGUCACAAAGAAAACAACAGCACAACACUGGCACAAAUGAAACGAACUCAAUGACUGUCUUAAGCAUGCCUUAUUCAGUCUUAUGUGAACAGCUGCGUGGACCCAGGUGACUCAAGUCCUUUUGGAAGAGGUGUAUACAUUGUUUUUAAGUUCUCUCUCUCUCUCGCUCCCGUGUGCUAUCGAUGUUGCUCGUGAUUAUUUUUAACAUUUCAUCAGACUUAAACGGUGAUCCUUAUUUUGUUUUUCUCUCGUUUUCAUAUCUACAUAUUGUCUCCAAUGCAUGCAAUAUCAAGAGAGGUGUUCAGAGUUCACAUAUUUUUUAAUUUCUAUGUUUUUUCUUCUCUGUGUGUUUUGCAUCCAAGUAAAAAAAAAAAGGAUUAUGCUUUUGUAAUGAAAUCUUCCAAACGAAGAAAAAAAUCGAAAAACUUAAUAAUAAUAUAGAUUAUAUGUGCAGUUUAUCUUUGAAUGAUGAGAUCUAUGAGAAAUAUUAUAUAAUAUGGAUGUGUAUGAGUGUCAUGAGGUCAUUUUAAAUCGGUUGGAAUGCCAAGGCCCGGCAGGAGUGGACAGUAUUUAACCAUGUAUGUGAUAGAGACAAUGCCGGUUAAAUGUUACAUAAUUUUUUUCUCUUGAGUAGAUGUCGUAUAUAUAAAUAUAUAUAAAUAUAUGUUGCGCUGUAAGUGUUCCAAUAUUAUAUAGCAUAUCUGUAAAAAAAAAUAUCAAAAAACGAAAUCAAAUAUCAUUUUAUAUUUCUCAAUGUAUUCCAUCUGAUUUUUAUUUUUAGUCGAUGGAGAAUUGUUGUACAGCAUGGCCAUAAUCCUAUGCAAUAUGUAUUCGAGAUAGAUCUAAUGACAAUAAGACGGAUGAC